AUGAUUAUAAAGGAAAACAAGGAAUAUAUGGUUUUGUUUAAGAUAUUUGGAGAGCGCAGGAGGUCUCCAUUUUGUUCUGGAAGGAAUUUGGAGAGGAGAAUGUACGGUUCUUCCAAUGUAGAGUUCCCGCAGCAGGUUUACCUCCACCACGGCCAGAAGAAAGCCAAACUUCAGGCUGAUUUUCCACGAACCUCCAAAUGUACCUAUAUGUACUAUAUUCCUCGGUCAAUGCACCACUGCCAUCAUUGUACACUCCCAAAAUUACCAAAAUCACCAAAACCCAGAACAUCGAGCUGUAGUGUCUUUACCGAUCUGUUUGACGGCUCCAGAUAA